AUGAGUGAGUCUUUGGUGGUUUGUGAUGUUGCUGAAGAUUUAGCGGAAAAGCUGAGAAAGUUUCGUUUUUGCAAAGAAACGAACAAUGCUGCUAUUAUAAUGAAGAUUGACAAGGAUAAGUGCCUGGUGGUACUGGAUGAGGAACUUGAGGGCAUUUCACCAGAUGAACUUAAAGACGAACUACCUGAACGACAACCUCGCUUCACUGUGUAUAGUUAUAAAUAUCAACAUGACAAUGGAAGAGUUUCAUAUCCUCUGUGCUUUAUUUUCUCCAGUCCUGUUGGUUGUAAGCCUGAACAACAGAUGAUGUAUGCUGGGAGUAAGAAUAAGCUAGUCCAGACAGCUGACCUAACCAAGGUAUUUGAAAUAAGAAAUACCGAAGACCUAACUGAAGAAUGGUUAUGUGAGAAACUUGGAUUUUUACACAAUAUGAACUUCUGUGUUUUUAAAGUAUUUAUGUAUUAACCUUACCAUUCUGGAACCAGACAUAAAUACUUAUUUAUGCCUAAAAAUGCACUGUUACUUACAGUUUGUUUCCUGCAGUAAAGAAAAAUUCAUUUGUGCAAAGUUUGAACAAAGAGGAAAUCAUCUUCGUGGUAAUGAAACUUUGUAAAGUGUCUCCUUAUUUUGGUAAUUGUUAGGUGGACUACUUUUCCCCAGGGACUUUUUGCACUCUUGUGACUAAUUUCUAUAACUUAAGGUUCAGAAUUUGUUACUAUUUACAGACAACAUUGGAGAGUGGAUAUAUUAGAUUGUGAGAGACAAUUGCCUUCUUUUGACAAAUACUGGAUAUUAGCAGUUUAUUUAUGAAAAUAGCAUAUUAUCACUUGUCAAAUCAUUGAAAUUAAUUUGGGGUCAAAAACUUGAGUGACCCAGGAUUGAGCCAUGAGUAAUUUACUGUAGUGUAACCUGCAUUACAAGUACAUUGAUCAAUUCUGUAUCUUCUUUGGUUCCUAUCUCUUUUUAAUCUAGUCUAGAAACUAUGUUCAUCACUCAUUUUUAAGGUCGGGAAGUUAGAUUUUAUGAUAGAGUUAUGACUGUUAGCUUUUCUCUUUAUGGAAAAUAGCAUCUUAGCCUUAGAAACUGGUGGAUUGUAAUAAUCAAGGGCUUCAUUCCUUUUAUGUCAUUUCUAGACUGUUUUGGAUCUAGGUUAAUAACACUUACUUAUAAAGCACCUCUUAAUGUCCUAUGAACACUAAUUAUUUUAAAUGUGUUAAUACUGUGCCUUUGAUUUGUUAGCUUUAAAGUUAGUUUAAGACUUUUACACUGCCAGUAUUCCAGAUUUGGUGAAAUUAAUACUUUUUUAAAGGGUCCAAAUAAAAUAAUUUUCUAAUGUGUAUAUCUGAAAUUUGUAAUAAAGUCAACUUCAUAUUUUAAAAAUU